AUGUCUGAAGAAGCUGCCUCUCAAGCUCCUGCUGCUGCACCAGCCGCUGAACAACAACCUGUCAUUUUAGGUGAAGAUGGUAAACCACUAUCUAAGAAAGGUUUAAAGAAGUAUUUAAAGGAACAAGAGAAAUUGAAGAAGAAGCAAGAAAGAGAAGCCAAAGAAGCUAAAGAAAAAGAAGAAAGAGAACGUGCUGCUGCUGCUAGUGACACUGCCAAGGAACAUUAUGGUAAAUUCCCAUUAAUUCAAUCAACUGUUCGUACCGGUGAACCAAGAGUUAAGUUUUAUGAUUUAGAUGAUGAAAAGGAUAAUGGUAAAGAAAUGUUAUUUAGAGCUAGAAUUCAUAAUAAGAGACAACAAGGUGCUACUUUAACUUUCUUAACAUUAAGACAACAAAAUGAAUUAAUGCAAGCUUUAGUUAAAUUUAAUAAAGAUGAUGGUAGUAUUUCUAAACAAAUGGUUAAAUGGUGUGCUAAUUUGAAUCUAGAAAGUAUUGUUCUUGUUAGAGGUACAGUUGUUAAAGUUGAAGAAGCUAUUACAAGUGCUACAAAACAAUUUUUAGAAAUUCAUAUUAAAGAUAUUCAUACUAUCAGUGAAACUCCAGAAACUUUACCAAUUUUAAUUGAAGAUGCAUCUAGAUCUGAAGCUGAAGCAGAAGCUGCAGGUCUACCUGUUGUUAAUUUAGAUACAAGACUUGAUGCAAGAGUUAUUGAUUUAAGAACUGUUACAAAUCAAGCAAUCUUUAAGAUUCAAAGUGGUGUUUGUUCAUUAUUUAGAGAAUUUUUAACCAAUCGUAAAUUUACAGAAAUUCAUACACCAAAAUUACUUGGUGCACCAACAGAAGGUGGAUCAAAUGUCUUUGAAGUUAGCUAUUUUAAAAAUAAAGCUUAUUUAGCUCAAUCACCACAAUUUUAUAAACAACAAUUAAUGAUUGCUGAUUUUGAACGUGUCUUUGAAGUUGGUCCAGUAUUUCGUGCAGAAAAUUCCAAUACUCAUCGUCAUAUGACAGAAUUUACUGGUCUUGAUUUAGAGAUGACAUUUGAAGAACAUUAUCAUGAAGUAUUAGAUGUAUUAAGUGAAUUAUUUGUUUUCAUUUUUGGUGAAUUAAAGACAAGAUAUGCUAAAGAAAUUGAACUUGUUCGUAAACAAUAUCCUGUUGAAGAAUUUAAAUUACCAAAAGAUGGUAAAAUGAUUAAAUUAACUUAUAAAGAAGGUAUUGAUAUGUUAAAAGCCGCAGGUAAAGAAAUUGGUGAUUUUGAAGAUUUAAGUACUGAAAAUGAAAAAUUUUUAGGUAAAUUAGUUCGUGAAAAAUAUGAUACAGAUUUUUAUAUUUUAGAUAAAUUUCCAUUGGAAAUUAGACCAUUUUACACAAUGCCAGAUCCAGAAAAUGAAAAAUAUUCAAAUUCAUAUGAUUUUUUCAUGAGAGGUGAAGAAAUUUUAAGUGGUGCUCAACGUAUUCAUGAUCAUGAUUUAUUAAAGAAACGUAUGGAAUUCCAUGGUUUAUCAACUGAAGAUGCCGGUUUUAAAGAUUAUGUUGAUGCAUUUAGUUAUGGUUGUGCUCCACAUGCAGGUGGUGGUAUUGGUUUAGAAAGAGUUGUUAUGUUUUUCUUAGAUUUGAAAAAUAUUAGAAGAGCAUCUUUAUUCCCAAGAGAUCCAAAGAGAUUAAGACCAUAG